UGACAGGCGGAACAAACAGAGAACAAAACACCCCACAAGACUCCACAGUAGCUUUAGCGUUGUUUAUUUGCUAGCUUGUUUAUUUCUGUGAUAAUGCUGUAAUAAAGUAAGUUGUCUGACAAACUGACAAAUGUAUUAACAGCUGACACCGUCGAGCAAGUCGUGCCGUGGUGGUCCUGGUUUCUAAAGUGGCUUCUCAACGGGACAACUGUUUACAAAACCGUCGUCAGCUGCCGAGGCACCAGCGACCGUUAAGAAACAUUCACAAGACUGUACACGGCAACAUUAAAGUAAGCUCCACUCGUUCUCGGGACCAUGGCGGUCUUGCUGCAGCGCCCCCACGCGGCUGUGGCCUGCCUGCUCUUGUACUUCCUGAGCAGUGGCCUGUCCAUCCCAGACCCCAGGCAGAGGGAGGCUCUUAUACAGCUGGAGGCCUCCAUGCAAACAGGUGGGCAGAUGGUGUUAACUGAUGCUGAGCAGCGGCUGGACACUCUUCUGUUGAAAAGGAAGCUGGAGGAGAUGGACAGAGCACAAUUUCCACCCGCCAUGCACUUUUUCAAGGCCAGGGACCUCAUCAGGACCAGUCCCAUCUUCAACCUGCUCCAGAAGAUGCCUAAAGGGGGAGCUCUUCAUGUCCAUGACUUCGCUAUGGUAGAUGUGGAGUGGAUAGUGAAGAAUGUGACCUAUCGGCCUCACUGCUACAUGUGCUACACUGACAGCCAGUCCAUCAGAUUUAUCUUCUCCUCCCGAUGGCCCAAAGCUCUGCCACAUUGCUCCUCCUGGACCCUGCUGGAAAACCUCAGGGCCAAGAUGAUGAAUACCACCGAUUUUGACAACAGCAUUAUGGGCAACAUGACACUCUUCACUGAUCAGGAUCCAGAAGCGGUUUACCCCAGUCAGGAUGUGAUCUGGGAUGUGUUUGAACAGGUCUUCCUAGCGCUGUGGGGUCUGGUCACAUACGCUCCGGUGUUCAGAGACUAUUACUACCAAGGACUCACCCAGUUCUACCUGGACAACGUCAUGUACCUGGAGCUGAGAGCUUUACUCCCAGAGAUAUAUGAGUUGGACGGCAGCUAUCAUGACAGAGCCUGGACUUUGAAGACCUACCAGGAGGUCACUAGACGGUUCACAGCAGACCACCCAGACUUCUUUGGAGCAAGAAUCAUUUUCACAAUCCAUAGGGGAGUUAAUGCAACUGUGAUGGAAAGAACUGUGGAGGAGGCUAUGGCCUUGCAGAGAGACUUCCCAGAUAUCAUGGCUGGCUUUGACACGGUGGGCCGUGAGGACAAAGGCCGACCCCUGUGGUACUUCAGAGAUGCCUUGUCACUGCCAGCAGGCCGAGGGGUCAACCUCCCUUUCUUUUUCCAUGCUGGAGAGACCGAUCUGGAGGGCACAGAGGUGGACCAGAACUUGUUGGAUGCUCUUUUGUUGAACACGUCCCGUAUCGGCCAUGGCUUUGCUUUACUACGCCACCCGGUGGCCAAAGAGCUCUCCAGAAAGAGAGGCGUGGCUCUGGAGGUGUGCCCCAUCUCCAACCAGGUGUUGAAGCUAGUAAAUGAUUUGCGAAACCAUCCAGCAGCUGCCCUGAUGACCGAGGGCCACCCACUGGUCAUCAGCUCAGACGACCCCGCCUUGUUUGGUGCUUCGGGACUCUCUUAUGACUUCUAUGAAGCUUUUGUGGGCUUUGGUGGGAUUAGAUCCCAUUUAGGCUCCCUCAAAGAGCUGGCCAUAAACUCUAUUAAGUAUAGUUCAUUGACUCCAGUGCUUCAGGAGAAAGCCUUGGCUCUCUGGCAGAGAAGAUGGGAGAAGUUUGUGUCUGAAAAUGCUUUUUAGAGAGAAUCUAUGAUUUUUUUUUUUGUCUGUUGUGUUGAUUUAUCUUCAAUCAAAUGCCAUUAAGCUUUCUUUGAGAAAGGAAUGUCUUGUAGCAUACUUAAAUUAUAAAUGACAAUGUGAAAUGUUGAUAAUAGUGCUGCAUGUCUGUGGAAGGACAAAUAUGUGACAGUAGGAAAAGCACUGGGACAGAACAGAGCCGUUCUUAAUGUUAUUGGUUACAUCUGUGCUUUUCCUACUCUAACAUAGUUGUAUAUGGGGAAAAGUUCUACGUUGCCACAAAGUGCCAAUGUGAAGCAGGCCUGAGCUAUGUCCCAUAUCAUUUAUGACGAUCACUUGAACUAAACAUGACAUGGCUUCAAUCACAGGCAUCUUGUAAUGUCUUGUUUUAAUAAGGAUUUCUAAUGUAUUGCACUUUAAGAUUCAGGUUUGUCCAUGUUUUGGGGACAGUGACAGUGCCAGACAGCAUUGUUCACUGGUUAACCCUUCAUCAGGCAAAGAACUAUAUUUGGUAACUUCAGGUAAUAUUUCGAGAAAAAAGUUGCAAAUUUAGUAGAUUAAAGUGGCAAAUCUACAAGACAAAAAAGUUGCAGAUUUAAGAGAUUUAAAGUGGCAAAUCUGCGCGAAAAAAGUCGCAGAUUUAAGAGAAAAAAGCAACUUUUUUCUCCCAGAAUCACCACUUUAACCCUUAAUAGGACACUCAUUGAAGUACUUGCAAAUUCCAAAUUUCAACCCUUUCUCUACGAGAAAAAAAUGCGCAGAUUUAUGAGAUUUAAAGUGGUGAAUCUGGGAGAAAAAAGUUGCUUUUUUCACGUAAAUCUGCAACUUUUUUCACACAGAUUUGCCACGUUAAAUCUCUUAAAUCUGCGACUUUUUUUCUUGUAGAUUUGCCACUUUAAUCUAGUAAAUUUGCAACUUUUUUCUCGAAAUAUUACCUGACUCUAACUACCAAAUAUAGUUCUUUGCCUGAUAAAGGGUUAAUGUGCUAAGUGUGUCUAGUAGUGUGUUUGUUGUUUGCUUUGUGAGAGUAGUGUUUGUUUAAAUAAGUGUUACAUCCCGUGGGCUUUAAAACACUGUUCUUAAGAGACAGUAUAUUUUUUACACAGUUUUACAAGUUUUUUACUUGAAUGUAUUUUUUUAUUUGCAGCUGUUGUAGAUACAGUCAUGGAAAAAAAUAUUAGACCACCCUUGUUUUCCUCAACUUGUUCUUUUUAAUGUCUCGUACAACUAAAGGUACAUUUGUUUGGACAAAUAUAAUGAUAACAACAAAAAUAGCUCAUUAGAGUUUAAUGUAAGAGCUGAUAUCUAGACAUUUUCCAUGAUUUUCUUGAUAUGAUUUUGGUUAUUAUUAAGAAAACCAUGGGAAUGUCUAGAUAUCAGCUCUUAAAUUAAACUCUUAUCAACUAUUUUUGUUAUUAUAUUUGUCCAAAUGUACCUUUAGUUGUACGUGGCAUUAAAAUAAUCAAGAAAUUGAAGAAAACAAGGGUCUAAUAUUUUUACAUGACUGUAUAUAGAGACAUAGCUGUACAUUUGAUGUAAUCUACAAAAAAGUACAUCAUGACUGUCUUUCUGCUUUAGCAUGAGCAAAGAUUCAUAUGAACAACUGUCUCUCAGAUAUAUGUAAAUAUUGUGACCUGCUGAAAUAAAACUUGACAUCAUUAAAA